UGCACCUUACAAUCCAGCUGGGAGAACUGAAUUUAUGUCUGCACUUGUAUCUGAUAAAAUAUAUUAUUAUGGUGGAUAUGAUGAUGGAAUCACCAGAUUUAAUGACUUUUUUUAUAUUGACCUAACGCAACCACUUUCUAGCUUUUCUCCUCAAUUUCAAUUUAUAAAAAGUUUAGACACAAGGACUAGUGCUACUGCUGUUUCCCAUGCGAAUAAAAUAUACGUUUUUGGUGGUGAUUUUAUUAUUGGUGCUGAUACAAAAACUCCACUUGUUGAAUUUUUCCAAAUUCAAUCACUUUCAACGGAUCCUGUAAUUUCAUAUAUUCCAGACACACCUUCAACUCCACCUUCAAGAAAAUGGCAUACUUCUGUAAUUGAUCAUAUAAAUGAGAAAAUAUAUGUUUGGGGAGGUGUCAAAGAAAUAGGCCUGGUCAUGAAUUAUACAAGUCUUAAUUCCACUCAAAAUGAUGGAACUAUGUAUAUAUUUGAUAUUGCACUAUCCAUUUGGACUUCAAAUCCUUCGCAUCAACAACCUAAUGGUCGUUGCCUUCAUACAGCAACUUUUGUGCCUGAUGGACGAAUAAUUAUGAUUGGCGGUGCCACUAGUUCAGAUGUAGGAAAG